AUGCUAAGUACACAGGAAAUUUCUGCAGGAGGUCAGGGCGGUUGUGCGAGCUGUGCCAUGGGUAACAAGUUGAGCUGCUCCUGUGCGCCAUUGAUGCGCAAAGCGUAUCGUUACGAGGACUCACCAUGGCAGACAUCACGUCGUCGCGACGGGCAUUUACUAAGUUCAUUCAGGUUGUGGGCUGAGGUAUUUCAUGUUUCGGCAAGCGGCGCCGGCACCGUUAAAUGGCAGCAAGUAUCUGAAGAUUUGGUUCCUGUUAACAUAACCUGCAUCCAGGAUUCACCGGAAUGCGUUUUUCAUAUAACGGCCUACAACAGUCAGGUUGAUAAAAUUUUGGACGUUCGACUCGUACAGCCAGGAACGCGCAUUGGACAAGCAUCAGAAUGCUUUGUGUACUGGAAGGAUCCGAUGACCAAUGAUACGUGGGGGCUCAAUUUCACUUCACCUAUUGAUGCAAAACAAUUUCGAGAAUGUUGUUGCGACGUUUUACAGUCGCCUUCUUUCAAAUUUUCACGAAAGGCCUCGUCAAGUUACUCGCUGAAAUUGGACCCACCCGGCAAGGGGAAAAUCAAAGCCAAACGAAAGCCGCUGAGCACACCGGCCUCGCCAUCGCGCGUACGGAGCGAACCACAAUGCACCUGCAUGUCGGCCGAACAGUAUGCCCGUCUCCGGACCGAUCCCAGAGUACGAGGUUCAUCCACUUUGCCACGCUCUGUAGGCUCUCGCAUAACCGAUGUCGAUGUUGGUGGACAGCAGAAGGCGAUGGCAAAUGCCACCAGCAGCACUUCAUUGUAUGAUAAUGUAGCCGGCAGUGGUGUAGGCGCUCAAUCCAUGAAUGCAGUUGGCGGACAGGAUACCUUGGGUCGCCAAGUAAAACAACAGGAUCCGAAUGUUGCCGCCUCUAAUGCUGGUGUCAACACAGGCACUCCUAGCGUAAUGGUAUCCGGUGUGGCCACCGGCACAAACGAUUUAUGCACACAAAAUCACGUUGGCUCACAAGUGGGUCCAGAUGAUGGACUCAUUGGCGGUCAGCAAGACAUGGAUAUAUCGAAGAAUGAAGGCACUCAAGUUGGUGGCCCAUUACACCAGAAUGUUGGCACUUCCACCAAAUCGACAGGCACACGUACCAAGGAUUACGCCGAUGAAAUGACACGUGAUGCACGCGGACAUGACAUGCACCAGCACCAGCACAACAUAAUCAACAACAACACCAGACGCAAGACUAAGAGCACCGAGGACAUGAACGUCGACACGAGCACUCUGAAACGCAUGCUAAAGCCCAUGCCCAGCACUGAGAGUCCCGUUACUUCACCGGAGAUGGGUCGGCGCCGUUACAAUUACUACAAUGCCAAUGUGGCUAAUACUCUUGGGCAACAACAUAUGCAUCAGCAUGGCGGCGGUAUGGGUAUGGGAAUGGGUAUGGGUGGCGGCGGACCUGGUGGCAUGCACCACAUAAUGAACAACAACAAUACUAUGGGACGCGUGAGCAGUCAAUCGUCGAGAUUCUCGGGAUCGAGAUCAUCUCAUGAAAUUGGGCGUGGAUAUCCACAACGAAAUCUGUACUUGGAAUUGGAACGCGAACGUAGCUGCAUUGAGGGUUCACCACCCUCCGACAACGUCAUGUUUGACAAUCAAUGCUAUGCUACAACGCCCAGCUCUAGCAACGGCAACUCCGAUCAGGAUCAAUCGUAUGGGCAACGUACCGCAGGUGGUGGUCGCCAUCAACAUCAUCAUCAAGCACCAAAUGUCACCCCAACCCCAGGCAGUCCAACAUCACGUCUUUUACUGGAAUAUGAAAUGCAUUUGAGAAAUACUUUGGCUAAAGGAAUGGAUGCCGAAUCGUACAGUUUGCAUACAUUUGAGGCUUUGCUUUCGCAAAGCAUGGAAAAUUUGGAACUCGCCGAAAGCCUGCCUGGAUCAACACAGCGCAGCCCAUAUCCAAUGCGUAGGCCCAGCGUUAAGUCUUCGACACUUCCUUUGCCACCGCAUCGCCCUUUGUCAACGCUACGCGACAAAGAACGCGAUCGUGAGCGCGACGGUUACUAUAGCGAUCGCAAUGAGCUUAUACGUGAAAGAGAGCGUGAAAGAGAACGAGAUCGUGGCUAUCUAUCAGACCAUAAUACAAGCUUUUCAACAUCUCGUUGCGCCUCAUGUAUUGGUGAAUCGGCACGUGCUCAAUGGUUUCGUCACUCGGAUGGCUGGCGUUCAGGAAGCUCCACUAUUGGUUCUGGCUCUGGUCAGGGUUUAAUGUCACAACAAACUACGGGUUCGGGUCAUAAGCGUUCCCCAUGGGACUCCUUGCCAUCCUUGCGCCAGGAUAGUAGUCUCAAUGAUUCUGGUUAUAAAAGUGCACGCGCUGAUUCGCUCGAGCAACGUGCUGAAUUUAUACGUCAAGACAGUCUUCGAUCAGAUUAUUUAAGUGAUCGAGAUUCACGCUAUGGCAUCGUGCAACAGGCUUCCAUCGACAGCACCGAUUCGCGAAUGUGCUAUUUGACUUCGUCAGAGUUAUGUGACUUUAGACCGGAGACCAUGUUGCCCGAUGCUAUCCAUGGUUCCUGGACUAGAGCCACAUCGUAG